UACUUCAUAAUCGAAAAAUAUUAAAACAUUAUUUUAAAAUAAAAAUAUAAUAUUAUUUUAAAAGUUUUACGACAUGAUACGCACAUUAAUUUCUAAUACAUAUAAAACAUUUCCACGACUUGCAUUAUUUAAUCAAACUUUUUCAUCAAUUUUUACAUUACCCACAAUAAUAAAUCCAUGGAAUCUAACUAUAAAUAGAACUAUAAUGAGAUAUCAUUUUCCACGUCCUAAUGAACGUCGUCGUAUUAAACGCCACGGUUGGAUUACAAGAAUGUCAACUCCCAAUGGACGAAAAAUUCUCAUGAGAAGAAUAUUGAAAGGCAAAUAUGUACUUAGUCAUUAGAUAUCAUAGAUUAUAUAGAUAGAUAUAUAUACAUAAAUGUAUGUAUACUUAUAUUAAAAUAAAAAAUCAAAAAUCAAUAA